GCCAGACUUGGCGACUCACGCUCGUGCGCUCAGAACAAGCUGCGCAGAGCUCGCGGUAAUUGAGGAGCCAGAAAGCGAACGCGCCGCUGGAACAGUCUGAGCUUGAGAUUUCUUCUGAACAGCUUUACAAAACAAGGACUGACGCCAAUAAUCAGCAGCAGCAGAACACCAUGUCCUCGCUCCGGUCAUUUCUAACUCCGCGAAUAAUGAUCGGUUCACGCGUGGACUGGAUGUAAAGAGAGAAGAAGAAGUAGAAGAAGAAGAAGAAGAAGAAGAAGAAGAAGAAGAAUUUCAUUCCUAUUCCGACUCAUUCUCAGCAUGUCCCACGCAGAAGUGGAAGUGUCCGGCCUCGGCUUUCCGACUUUACCUGUUGAUCUGGACUCAGACUGUCUGUCCCGAGUGCCGCCGCUCCGAUCGCACGCGCUUAGCGCCAGGAGGAACUCGUACGUGCUUCACAAGUUGGAGCUCGAGCCGCAGUUUUACGCCGCGCCGUCCUGGUCCGACGAACAUGUCUUACCCGAAACACGGACGGAGGAAUCCAAAGCUGUGGAUACUCCUCCGUCUUCGGCGUCUCCGCAGUCUUUAACAUCCAAUGCGCAAUGGGACGCCGCGGUCCCGAGCGCUGUUGCGCACGAGGUGAGCUCCGAUUCGGACCCAGAGCCGACGAAGAGCAACCCGAAGUUGAUCAAAAGGCUCGUAAGCCGAUUGGAGCAAGAGGAGAAGGAGGACGUGGAGACCAAAGCCGUCGCUACGUCUCCCGAUGGCCGAUAUCUGAAGUUCAACGUGGAGAUCGGCAGAGGCUCGUUUAAAACCGUCUAUAAAGGCCUGGACACCGAGACCACAGUGGAGGUGGCGUGGUGCGAGCUGCAGACACGGAAACUGACUAAAGUGGAGCGCCAGAGAUUCAGCGAGGAGGUGGAGAUGUUGAAGAACCUUCAGCACCCAAACAUUGUUCGCUUUUAUGACUCCUGGAAGUCCACGGUGAAAGGACAUAAAUGUGUCCUGCUUGUCACAGAACUUAUGACCUCCGGCACUCUCAAAACGUAUCUGAAACGAUUUAAGGAAAUGAAGCCAAAGCUUCUUCAGCGCUGGAGCCGGCAGAUACUAAAAGGGCUUCACUUCCUGCACACUCGAGCUCCCCCAAUCAUCCACAGAGAUCUGAAAUGUGACAACAUCUUUAUUACAGGACCCACAGGGAGCGUAAAAAUUGGCGAUCUCGGACUUGCUACACUUAAAAGAGCAUCGUUUGCUAAGAGUGUAAUCGGAACACCGGAGUUUAUGGCUCCAGAGAUGUAUGAAGAGAAAUAUGACGAGGCUGUUGAUGUGUAUGCCUUUGGCAUGUGCAUCUUAGAGAUGACUACAUCAGAAUACCCAUACUCUGAAUGCCAAAACGCGGCACAAAUCUACCGCAAAGUAACAAGUGGAAUGAAACCAAACAGCUUUUACAAAGUAAAAGUUCCUGAGCUGAAAGAGAUUAUAGAAGGAUGCAUACGAAUGAACAAAGAUGAACGAUACACCAUUCAGGACCUACUGGAGCAUGUAUUCUUCCAGGACCACAAUGGUGUGCGUGUCGAGCUUGCAGAAGAGGACGACAUGGAGAAGUCAAGCCUGAAACUCUGGCUGCGCAUGGAUGGCACCAAGAAGCUCCAUGGCAAAUACAAGGACAACAAUGCCAUUGAAUUUCUGUUCGAGCUCUACAAGGAUGUUCCCGAAGAGGUGGCACAGGAGAUGGUGGUGCUGGGAUUUGUGUGCGAGGCUGACUACAAAUUGGUUGCCAGGGCAAUGCGAGACCGAGUGACAGCCAUCAAACGACAACGCGAGAGACAGCGUCGGAUACGUGAGGAGGAAAAGAAGAAGCAUGAAGAGAACAUUGAGGAGGAACCCGAGUCACCUUUGCCUAAGCCCACUCGCCAAGUGUUGGAAAGCCCUGUCUCUUCCCCAAUGCAGAUCCCACCCACUUUGCCUCUUUAUGACCCUCCUGCUGUCUCUCCAGUUAUCUCUCCAGAUUACAGCAUCAAUGCAGGUUUUUUACAAGAGCCAGAAGAACCAGAGGCCGACCAACACUUUCACAUUCGCCACACCAGCUAUUCCUCAAUUACAUCUGAUUGCGAGACAGACGAGUAUCUCAGUCCCUCUGGCUUUCAAGAUGGGCUCGAUGCUGCCAUAGGAAACAUUUGCUGCCCUUCUACCCCACCUUCUAAUUUGGCCACGCCCCCUAUCACACCCACCUCAACUCCUCCAAUGCCACUUCUUCGCUUUCCUUCGAGCAUUGCUGUAUGUAAUAAUAUCGACAAAAUCAUAUCGGGGCCUCCCAGUCCUUUUUCCUCAUCGGUGGACAGCUAUGCCUCAGACGUGACCUCCGGUUUGAGUGACGGCUACGAGGGCCAAUCAGAGAGGGGCAGUAAGUCAGCUGGCCGACGGACAGCAGCGAAACUGUUCAAGAGGAGGGCACGAUCCCGCCUUCGCAUUACAGGGCUAUCUGAUAAAGUGGAUCGGGUGGUGGAGUGUCAACUUCAGACACACAAUGAUAAAAUGGUCACAUUCAAAUUCGACCUUGACGGUGACAACCCUGAAGACAUCGCUGCUGUUAUGGUGCAUAACGAGUUCAUCCUCCCCUCCGAGAGAGAUGGCUUUAUUAAUCGAAUGCGUGACAUCAUCAAACGAGCAGUGUCUCUAAUGGGAAAAGAUUUGGCUGGGCCGCAGGGCAAACAAGAAGGCAUGCAUUUCCCACAGCAUAACGUUGCCAGCUCCAUUUCCUCAUUGCAGCCAAAUCUGCUUGCUCGUACGCAUUCCACCUCCUCUCUUCCAGAGUCCCGUGGCUCAGUAGCAGGGCAGAACGGAGACAUUACAUCACCAGUACGUCCCCUCUUACGCUCACAGUCCUUCCAUAACACAUUGGGAACUUCACGCCCAUUCCAUACCACAUACCCAUCUGAUCCCAUCAUGUCCAUGUCAAAUAUUGGCCACGUGCCUCAGUUUCCGAUGCCAAUUAUGGCCACCUCUGCUCAGCUUCCCUACAUGUAUCCACCAAACCCCGGCUCCCCCAAAACUGCUCAUCCCUCACGGCCACACGUCCCCAGUAACUCCUCCCAUCUCACGUCUGUCUCUUCUGGCCCUCAUGUCUCAGAUUCAGGGAGCCCCAGUGCUGAUGGCAAUCCCAUGACCUCACAUAUGCCCACCAUAUGGGGACCACAAACACCUCCCCUUUUUUCCUUAGCAAAUAUGAUCUCCAUGGCCAUGAGCAUGGCUCAGUCCUUCAUUCCUCCCACGAACAUGCCAAACCCUAUGGUGCCACCCAUGCCCUCGUUUCCUGGCUUUCCUCCACACUUCAGUCAUACUAUGCCACCACAGGCCGGGUAUCCAAUGGCAUAUGCACCCCACUAUACACUGCCUGCAGACAGCAUAUAUCCACAGUUCAAUCCUGAGGAUCAAAAUCUAAAUCGGGAUGCUGUUUAUGGGUUUGCUCAAAGAAUACAUUCCACAUUUCCACAUGUGCCUGGGAUACCCACGAAUACAUAUACCCACGUGCAGCAGAUGUCUACCGGUCUUCCACAGAAAGAGAUUCAGGGUAGUCUUCCUACACACACUCAUCACCAACCUAUGGACUAUCCUCUGCCACAAGAACAUACAGAAGCUUUUCCCAGACCUUCAAUAGACCAAUCAAGUCUCUCCAGUUCAUCUUCCUCUGGACUGUCAUCUUCUCCAAGACCCAGUCCAGACAGCAUGGCUUCUUCCUCCAGUCCAAGAUCCCUUUCCCCAUCAGCAGAACCUGACAUUGCUACCAGCAUGUGUGAGCUCAGACAAUCCCUUUCCAGCCCAGAGCCAAAACCAGUAGUUACAGUUGGCCGCUUCCAAGUUUCACCUACAAAGGAGAUCCCACCACCCUCUUUACGUCCUGACAAAAGCCCCAACACAUCUCCUGCUCUGACACCUGUUGUCUCACCAGACAUUUCCAUUUGUUCCACCCAUGAUAAUCAAACUAAGGAGGAAACAAUUUUAGAGAGAAAUGAGAUCUCCUCCCUGAAGGCCACCUUCUCUCAGCAGCUCCACAUAGACGUUCCUGAAGCUCAACACUUUUCCUUGAAUGCCAAUCAUAAUGAAAGCCAAUCACUGGAUCUUGAGUCGAACUUGUUAUCUGAGGCUCCUCAUGAUAUUUUCUGCCUCCAUGAACAUGAAUCUCAACAAGAUAGUGAAACUACUUGGACUGAGGAGACCAAUAAAGAUGAGAAUGAUGAGGCACAGCAGAGUGGUGACGAGGAACCGGACAAAAAUAAAGAGGUCCAGGACAAACCGCAGCAGAGGAAGAAGAAAGCCCGAAGGCUUGGUUCUGUACAGUCUCUGACUGGGACAUCAGUAGACAGUGGGCUUUGUGUCAUCAUGGAUCCAGAUGGGAGUCUGGGGGAUGGAAUUAUGGAUAGCACUCAGUGUUCAGUCCCUCACCACAACAUGUGGAUGAGUUACACUCGCACCAAUUCCUACAUGAGCAGUGACGAAUCAGAAAGUGAGGAUGAGGAGAUGUGGGAUGAGCUGCAGGAGCUGAGAGAGAAGCAUUUGUUCGAGGUGCAGUCUCUGCAGGCGGUACAGAAGCGAGAAAUAGAGGAGCUUUAUGAGCGGAUGGGAAAAGUUCCUCCUCCAUGCAUCCUCUCACCAGCAACCAUGUUGUCCAGUCGGCAACGUCGGCUGUCUAAGGGAGGGGCCUUUCCUUCAUCUCGUCGCAACAGCCUUCAGAGACUGGAUAUUCUCCCUAUGACAGGGAUAAUAAGAAAAAACUCUGUAAGUGGCGGCAGCAGCAGCAGUAGCGGCAGCAGCAGCAGUAGCAGCAGCAGCAGCUCACAGGAACGACCUGCUAAAGGGGUGACCUUUACUCCUGACCUUUCCAGAAUGUAAACAUUCAUAACUAAGCCUGUUGGUGGAACUAGAUUAGACUACCUCAUCCAGCACAUGCCUGCUGUUCUCUUACUCAUCCUGCUGAGGAAAGAAGACUUUACAAAGACAGAGAAAACGCCUUUCGCUGCUGGUAGAUGAGACUGUGUCAGCAGCAAUUCCUGUUCAGACACUUCUAGGGUCUCAGUCACUGUCCCGAAUUAUUCUAGUGAUGUUCUGACACUGUUAGUCUGCAACCCAAGGAAAACACAUUCUUAACUCCAGAGUGUAAUAAACACUGUGUUCUCGAUUACUGAAACAUGUGACCAUGCAUUCCGACUUUGCUGUUGAGAACAGUGCAGUGUUCUUGCGACAAACCGUGCUUUAAGAGACACUAAAAACGAACUUCCACUACUGCGUUGCAAAAUUGUGCUGCUGCGAAGAUGCUGCUGUCACUGCCGUUUCUGUGGUGAGCUCAGUGAUGCGAGAGUAACGUACAUAUUUCUGAGCUCAACAGUGGCGCAUUAGUGACUCAGGCCUGGCCAUGUCCUUUGCACUUUUCUAAAAUAAACCGCCUGUAGAUGCAGCUGUCAGAUCAGCUGAACAGGAAUGUGAUUCCUCCGGCUGUGUGUAUGCUUGCGAGCGACAGAAUAACACAAGUCCACUGGACAGUGUAUCCCUCCUGAAUGUUUUCUGAUUUUGUUUUGUAGCUGUAGUAAAAUGUGACAUUGCUCAAUAGUUUUGAUCAAAGAAAACCAAUUUACCAUGAUAAUAAACUGCUGCCUGAUAUACUGUAUACUUUAUAGAAAUGUGCAGUUUCGUUUCCUGGGCUCUAUUUUCCGGCUUAUACGUGUCUAUUUUUGACCUUUCUCUUUUAGUUAUUAAUGUGAAUCAAAACUGGAGGUAAAGAUCUGAUUGUUGUACAGUCAAAAUGAAUUGUGCAUUAUACAAGCAUUAUAUCAUUAUUUUAUUUUUUUCAAGCAAUGCAGUUCAGAUUGACUCUUUGCUUGUGUACAUAGACAGAUUUUUUUGUGGACAUAUAGUCACUGAUUAUAAAGAUAUAUGGAGGCUACUAUUCGACCAAAAUGCACACAGCACUUCAGCAAUGAGGCAAUUCGGAGUGAUUUUGCAGUUAAUAUAGCAGAGCCUGGGGUAAAUACAUACACUGCCUGGUAAAAAAAAAAAAAAAAAAAAAGUCACUUGGAUCUAACUAAGCAAAUAGGUAAGAGGCUUAUUUUGACUAUUAUUGCAGUACAAGUUAUUUAUUUCAGAAGUGUCAAAUUAUUAGCCUGCAAUAAGCAAAGGAAACAGCUAAGGAGAAUGCUGUAGCUACUACGGUUGUGUUUUGAGAAUUGUCCAAAUCAUUAUUAAACCCUGAAAGCAUAGUGGAGAACCAUCCUCUUUAAUGAUUGGUAAUGGUGGAUCACUUCAACAUUUGGUGAAAUAACUGUGGAACUCAAUUUUGGCAAAUUGACUAACUGAAUAUAUUAAAUGGCUAUAUUCUAUGGCUCCGGCAUGUCAAUCCAUUCAAAUUGUGAAAGAGUGGUUCAGGGAGCGUGAGACAUCAGUCACACAUGGAUUAGCCACCAGAGAGUCCAGACCACCAUCAAGAAUUGCAAGGUUUCUUCCUCAUAGAAUCGAAGUGAGUUUUUUUCCUUGCCAGUCACACCAGGCUUGCCCUUUGGAGAUACAUACACAUAAUUCACUUAUAUGAAACUUUUUUGGUUCUAUAAUUCUUUCAGUCUUAAAGCUGCAUUGAGACAAUGUCCAUUGUGAAUCUGAUUUGAAUUAAAAUUUUCGAACAUGCUAAAUAAGACUUUACUCAGCAGUCCGACUCUCCAAUCAUCCAUGCUGGUGAUUAGAUUCUGGACAGAAAUAAAGGUGGCAUUGCAUACGUUCAGUGUAACGAUGCCAUGGUGAAUGCGUGCUGUAAUCAAUGCAGUAGAGGGUCCAAGGAAAUAAGAGUGACUUUUUUUUUUUUUUUUUAUCGGCCAGGCAGUGUAUAUUCUUAUCUCUUCCGUGAUGUUUUAGUUCUUUUUGCUUUUAUGCACUUUGGUUUGAAGAUCUUUAUGUAUUUAGUUGGGAAAUCAAAGCCAGAUCUUACCUGCUAAAAAAGGAAAUGUAUUUGUUUCAUGAAUCGUAUGAAUGAAUAUUUUAUAACCUAUUUCUUACCAUAAAGGUAUAUGACUCAAAUGACUUUAAGGGAUAAAAUGCUUAUGUGAGGUUGUUUAAAUUUAAGAGAAAGUUAGUUGUUUACCUUAUACUUACAUUAAUAAAUAUUAUUAAUAAUCACAAACUGUGAAAUGAACACAUGUUGCCUUUAUGUAAACAGUGAAUUUAAAAAAUGUGAUACAUUUUUGUUUUACAGAAUGUGAUGCUUGUUUGCAAAGCUGCUACA